ACCGCCGCCUCAGAACCCGGGCCUGGGGGGCGGUGGGGCCGCGUAUGGAGCCCCCGCCCCCCGGAGCUACUAACACCGCCUACGCCGCCGCCGCCGCGCUACACACAGGUACUCCUGGGAUGGCGUGAGUGCUCCCCCAGCGAUGGACCCAUCUGUGACGCUGUGGCAGUUUCUGCUGCAGCUGCUGAGAGAGCAAGGCAAUGGUCACAUCAUCUCCUGGACCUCACGAGAUGGUGGGGAAUUCAAGCUGGUGGAUGCAGAGGAGGUGGCCCGACUCUGGGGGCUGCGCAAGAACAAGACCAACAUGAACUACGACAAGCUCAGCCGGGCAUUGCGGUACUACUAUGACAAGAAUAUCAUCCGCAAGGUGAGCGGCCAGAAGUUUGUCUACAAGUUUGUAUCCUACCCCGAUAUCGCAGGGUGCUCCACUGAAGACUGUCCACCCCAGCCUGAGGUGUCUGUUACCUCUGCCGUGGCCAAUGUGACCCCUGCUACUGUACAUGCCACCCCUGGGGACACUGCCUGUGGCAAACCAGGCACACCCAAGGGUACAGGAAUAGCAGGCCCAGGUGGUUUGGCACGCAGCAGCCGCAACGAGUACAUGCGCUCCGGUCUCUACUCGACCUUCACCAUUCAGUCCCUGCAGCCACAGCCACCCUCUCACCUCCGAUCUGCCUUGGUGCUCCCCAACACCACCUCUGGAGGAGCAGCAGCGCCCCCCUCAGGGAGCAGGAGCGCCAGUCCAAACCCCUUGGAGGCCUGCCUAGAGACAGAGGAGGCUGGCCUGCCUCUGCAGGUCAUCUUGACCCCUCCCGAGGCCCCGAACAUGAAAUCCGAAGAGCUGGAUGUGGAGCCUGGUGUGGGCCGGCCACUGCCCCCAGAAGUCAAAGUGGAUGGGCCCAAAGAAGAGUUGGAAGGCAUGAUGGAGGCAGGGUUUGUCCCAGAAACCACCAAGGCUGAGGCAGAAGUUCCUCCAACAGAAGGUGGGCCAGCCCGGCUGCCUGCAGUCUCUAGGGAGACUGCAGCGCCAGCGGGUAGCCUGGCAGCCUCUAGCCCUGAGAGUUCCCAGCCACAGAAGGGCCGGAAACCACGGGACCUGGAGCUUCCACUCAGCCCAAGCCUGCUUGGUGGGCCGGGACCCGAUCGGACUCCAGGUUCUGGAACUAGUUCUGGUCUGCAGGCACCAGGACCAGCUCUGACGCCUUCUCUACUACCUACGCAUACACUGACCCCGGUGCUGCUGACUCCCAGUUCGCUGCCUCCCAGCAUUCACUUCUGGAGCACCCUGAGUCCUAUUGCACCCCGUAGUCCGGCUAAGCUCUCCUUCCAGUUUCCUUCCAGUGGCAGCGCCCAGGUGCACAUCCCUUCCAUCAGCGUGGAUGGCCUCUCAACCCCCGUGGUGCUCUCCCCAGGGCCUCAGAAGCCAUGACUUCCACCACCACCACCAUCCCCUUCUGGGGUCACACCAUCCAUGUCCUUGAAAUUCUCUCCAGCCAGCCAUCUCAAGGAGAAGCAUAAUUCAACUGACAGACUCACGCUCUGGUUGUGGUGGGGUGGGGGAUUCUUGGGAAGAAGCUCUCCCACUAGCUCUUCUAUAAAACACCCACGACUUCUGUGCUCUUUGUCAGUCCCCCAGUGGCCGCCCUGGCACGUCUCCUACUUCAAGGGUAGGGGCGGUUUAUUUAUUUAUUUUUUGAAGGCCACUGGGAGGAGCCUGGCCCAAUCCUUUUAGGGGAAUGGUUAAGAUGUCUCCCCUGCGUCCCCACUUUUUCCCCUCCGAGACGAGACAAUCAGGGUCUGGCUUGAGAUAGACAUUUCCUUAUUUAUUUCUCAGCCUACCCUUGGGGAGAUGAGGGAGCCCUGUCUCUAUUUUGGGAUUUGGGUAGAAAAGCUAAGCUUGUUGCAUUUUUUUUUUCAAUUAUUAUUAUUAUUGUUGUUGUUGUUGUUGUUAUUCCUGGCCACCUCUUAGAGUCCAGGGAAAAACAAAUUGUACCAUUUAAUGGUUUGGGAGUCUUGGCCAAGCAAGAAUCACACCUUUGAAAUGGGUAUUUCCACCUCCGCCUUUCUCUCAGACAACUUGUUCUAUUUUCAACCAACAUUCUGGCCAGGGAGGAAUGCCCUGUUGUUCUUCUCCCCCCUGAGAAGCCAUUCCUUUGUCUGCCAAACUCCCUGGGGUCCUGUGUGUUACCUCCCAAUGGAGGAUUUUUCUGGAGGAAUGGUCCCCGUCUGGGGGACCCCUCCAACCUGUACUCCAGGUCUCCCUGUCUCCCACCCCUGCCAUUUUGAUAGUAUAAUCUAUUUUUAAAUGGGGCUUUUCAACAGGGGAGAUGGGGGCAUCUCUUCCUAUAUCAAUGGGGUGGGUGGGAAGGAAGGGAUUUGGGGGGGAUCUUCCUGUCACCCCCAAGUGUUUAUUUUUGAUACCAAACAUGUAUUUUCAGCUCCCUCCCAGCCCCCCAAUUUCCUGCGGGCGGGUACAAAGGACUCUAAGUGUCCCUGGAGUUGGGAGGGAAGACUGGGGGACAUAAAACCUGUUCUGUCACAAUUCCAGGCUGGAGAGGAUGGGUUCAAUAAAACUCCUGGGCUCACCUCCCAUCAGCACCAGCCUAGUCCAGGCCUGCGGGUCUGGGGGUUGGUGAUUUGGGGGACGGUGCUACACUCGUCUCCACUGUUUUACUUCCCCAAAAUGGACCUUUUUUUUUCUAAGAGUCCCAGAGAAUGGGGAAUUGUUCCUGUAAAUAUAUAUUUUUAAAGGUG